AUGGCAGGCCCUCAGUGCUGCUCUAAUCCACCAAUUCUCAACCCAAGCUAUGGAGUAGACUGUGCUGAAAAACUUGGAGGCCUUAACGUCUACGCAGCUGGCUCCCCUGACUCCAAGCUUGCCAUUGUUCUUGUCUCUGAUGUUUUUGGAUAUCGAGCUCCGAAUUUGAGGAAGCUUGCCGAAAAAGUGGCAGCUGCAGGAUUCUUUGUGGUAGUUCCAAACUUCUUCUAUGAUGAUCCGUUUAUAUACGAUAACAGACCUCUAGCAGUCUGGUUAGAAGAUCAUGGAACGGAUAAAGGAUUUGAAGAUGCAAAAUCAAUAAUUAAUGCUCUUAAAGAGAAAGGUUAUUCUGCAAUUGGAGCUGCAGGAUUCUGUUGGGGUGGCAAGGUUGUGACGGAGCUCGCGAAGUCUGAUUUCGUCCAAGCUGCUGUGCUACUACAUCCUUCAUUUGUUGCUUUGGAUGAUAUUGAGGGGGUUCAAGUUCCCAUGGCGGUUCUAGGAGCUGAGAUUGAUGAAUAUUCUCCACUGGAACUCUUGAAACAAUUUGAGGAGAUAUUAGCUGCUAAAUCUGAGAUUGAUAGCUAUGUGAAGAUAUUUCCAAAAGCUGAGCAUGGUUGGACCGUGAGGUACAAUGUCGAAGAUGAAGCAGCAGUGAAGCGUGCAGAGGAGGCUCAUAACAACAUGAUUGAUUGGUUUUCUAAGCAUGUUAAGUGA